CGGACCAACUGGUAGAUUUCCGCAUGGUUUUUAACAAUUUUCGGGAUUUCACACUCAGAUUCUGUGAUGUUGUCGCAGGAUAAUUUUCAUAGAAAUACGUUGUUCCAGUUCAACCGAGAAGGGAACCUGGUGAAACUUCGAAACGCCUUUUCAACAAUUAGGCCGAUUGUCGAGUAAGAUGACUACGUCCAUCACCAACACAUAGCGCAGAUUCCUUUGCCGCUAUAUUCGUAACUACACGGAUUUCAUUCGGGAAGAUCCUAAUCCAGACAACAUCGUAAAAUCUGAGUGACAUGUGACAUGACAUUCCGAAAAUCUUUAAAAGUAAAUGAAAAUUUUGCAAUACUAUUAGUUUAUAAUAAUUCAACCAUUGCACUUAUUCCACGUACACGGGAACCCUUGUUCGGAAUAAGUUUGUCGUCUCCACGAAAACCGACCCAGUGCAUUUUUAAGAAUGCAUCCGAGGGGAAACGUUGGAAACUUACGUAUUUUUACUCAUAUUCAGACAGUUUUUCACUAAACAACGUAUUUUUAAUCACACACUUCUUCGAUCUUAGAAACAUUCGACAGAUAGAGUGAAGGGAAAAAAAGUUGCAAGAUAAUUGUUUCGCAAGCAAAAUGCACUUGAAAAAAUAUUCCAUUGACUUCGCAUGACUUAGGAUUUGUGUAACGUAGCAUAAGUUUGUUUCAAACAUUCUUACCCUCAAUUGCCAAUCGCCUCCUGAGGGUUUGGCACAAUUCUGAAUAGCAUAUUCAUCACCUUGGGGAGGCGAUCUGGCGUAGUGGUAACAUUCAUGCCUCUCACGCUAAAGGUCACGAGUUCAAUUCUCACUCCCGACAUUCUUCCAAAAAUGGAAGUAAAAGUGACGAACCAGCCAAAUGAGUUGAAAGUCAUUAUAAUACAGAUUAAAAAAAUAUAUAUAUAUAUUCAUCACCACCCUAAUGCUUUUCACACAGAUGCCUCAUCAUGCUCGGGUUGCUAUAUCUGGCAUCCACUGCGUAAAUUUUUUUUUUCGUUUUCGUUUUUUUGAAAUUUAUUCUGAGGUCAAUGUAAUGGGAGCGAAGUUUAACGAGGACAAGAAAUCGAGCCUGCCCAAGCCGCCAAGAUGACGCGAUCCGAGUCGACCGACGACCCGUUGGAAGGAUCUCCGACCGAACUUUAGCAAGCGUCUAACGGCAUAUGUUUAUAUACAACCAUCCCAUGCCAAACCGAUAUAGUGCUUCUCAGAUUUUCGUGAAAAGUGGUCUCCGUGAUGAAUAAGCGUGCGAUCGACCACAAAGGAAAAUCUAAACAACUAUAAAAAGGGGUAAAACCAACGAAAUUACUGCAAAUGGAUUUAUACGGCAAUCUUAUGAAGACGACAUCCCUAUUUUUGGACCUUAGUAGAUCUGCUUUUUUCCCGCUAUCUCGUGUUUGCGGAAAUGCACUAAGCAGUGUCAUCCACCUAUCACAUCAAAUUCACACUCAAGCCGAAUUUUGCUGGUGAAAUGCGCUUGUGAAUACUAGUUGAAGUAGUAGAUAUUAAACGCACCGAGAAUGGCGGAAAACGUGAAAGUUGUAGUCCGCUGUCGGCCAAUGAACAAGCGAGAACAGCAGACUGGGUGUAAGAACAUCACCCAAAUCGACAAUUCCACGGUUAAUCUGGACAAUCCCAACGAUGCGAACGCACCACAGAAAUCGUUCAAAUUCGACAGUGCUUACGGGUAUGCAGCAACCACCGAGAACAUCUACAGCGACAUCUGUUAUCCGCUGGUGGAGAGUGUCCUCGAGGGCUACAACGCAACCAUUUUCGCGUACGGCCAGACCGGAUGCGGUAAAUCGCACACAAUGCAGGGAACCACCUAUAAUUUGUCCGCAGCGGAUCCGAACAACGCCAACAACAUCGGUAUCAUUCCACGCUCGUUCGAGCACGUGUUCGAAGCCAUCGCGCUGGCCAGCGAUGUGCGCUAUCUGGUGCUGGUGAGUUACCUGGAGAUAUACAAUGAAACCAUACGGGAUCUGCUGGCGGCGAACGGCAGCAGUCUGGCGAUCAAGGAGGUACCGGGGGACGGUGUGACCGUGCAGGGACUAUCGAUGCACACCGUGCACGGGAUGAAGGAGUGUAUCGAGCUGCUGGAAAUGGGGGCCAAGAAUAGGAUGGUCGGUGCGACGCUAAUGAAUAUCGAAAGUUCCCGAUCGCAUUCCAUUUUCACCAUAAGUUUAGAACAGAUGGCGGCGAGUGCGGGAAAAAAGGCUGUGAUAAAGCGAGGGAAGUUGAAUCUGGUCGAUCUGGCUGGUUCAGAGAGGCAGAGUAAAACCGGUGCGACGGGGGACCGAUUGAAGGAGGCGACCAAAAUUAAUCUUUCGUUGUCGGCUCUGGGGAAUGUGAUCUCGGCGCUGGUGGAUGGUAAGACUCGGCAUGUUCCAUACAGGGAUUCCAAAUUGACGAGACUGUUACAGGACUCACUAGGUGGGAACACAAAAACUCUAAUGAUCGCCUGUAUCUCACCGGCCGAUUCGAAUUACGAUGAAACGCUAUCCACCUUGCGUUACGCUAGUCGAGCGAAAAAUAUCGCCAACAAACCUAAGGUUAACGAGGAUCCGAAGGACACAAUGCUUCGCGAGUAUCAACAGGAAAUUCUACGACUGAAACAGUUACUUUCAAGUGAAGGAAAAGUGGUAGCUGAAAAUGGUCGAACGAAUGCGGACAUUUCAACUGUUGACCCUACCGGCGCGUUAUCGUUAUCUUCGUACAAGGACGAAAAACGAAUCCUAAAAAAUCAAUACGAAACGGAGGUUGUUAAUCUACGCAAAGAAUACGAGCAGCAAAAAACGGCAAAACAGGAACUAGUUAAAGAUAUAGAGAAAAUCAAAUCAUACUACGAAGGACAAAUGCAGGAGCUGAUAUCGAAAAGAAAUGCCGAAAAGUUGUCGGAACCGGUGAGCGCAAUGGCCACGCCUGUGGACCCAGUAUAUAAACAGGAAAUAUAUGAACGGAUCAAACAAAUUAAAAAUGCGCUGAUAGGCGGUGAAAGAGCUAAUGACAUACAGCUCAAGGAAAAACGAUAUCGGAACAAGUUGGCUUCGGAGAAGCGUCUGAAUGCGUUGGCACAAGCGAUCAGUCGAGUGGAACACGGCGAAGAUCGAAAUCUGCUUCAGGGACACUAUACCGAUAUCCAACAUGAGUUGAAGGUACGCUAUGAACAAAUGAAACAACAGCGGAAACGGAUAAAAGCUUUAGAGCGUGAGGUAACGGAUAUUCAGGGCGAGUUUCAAUCGGAACGUGCUGACUAUUUGGCCACGGUAAGACUUCUCGAGAAGAAAGUGCUCUUCUAUGAAGCCGUGUUCCAGAAAGCACUGCCAGUGCUGAGAAAGGACGGACGGUAUUGGAAUUUGGAGUGCCUGGAAACGGACUCGGAGUGGAAUGAUGACUUGAAGAAAUGGAAAUUACCGGAUGACACUCUGCUGCGGGUGCGCUUGCCGCCUGCGGAAGCCACCCCUUCACCACAACCCACGUCACCAUCUAAAACCGGUCGCGAUAGUCAGACAUCUUUAACCGCGCCGGGACGCUUGGAGCGCAGUUCAACGAUGAUCCUGGCUAAACUACCUAGCUUCGAGACCAAUUCAUCUGCUGGCGAUUCUCGCACAAAGGAAUUUCUCAGCAAAAGCACCAACAGUAAUCCAUUCCCCAAGAUUGAGGACGUGGCGCUGGCCUACUUCCGUCCACGACGAGCAGCCGAGCUAGUCUAUCGAAGUAGCUGGGGAAAUUUCAAUAAAUGAAAGCGCGUCGAGAGUUUAUAAACUUUGUACAAUUUUGUUAGUUGACUCGAUUUAGAGAUUUCGAUAUUUAUUAAAUGAACAAAGAUUAUUUUUCCGCAAUAAAUAUACAAUGUUUCA